UUAUUUAUAAAACAAGUGAAGGUAUUGCAGACCUGGGGAGGUAUUUAACAAAGACUUAUGCAAUAUAAUAGGUGAAGCAUGCGCAUUAUGGUUAUAUGAAAAAAAAGAUCGUGAACGUAUACUAGCAAAGAUAAUGAAGUAAACUUUUAUUAUUAUUAUUAUUAUUUUUUUUUUUGAAGAAGAAGAAGGGAAAUGUAUAAGAGAAAUUAGAUAUAUUAAACUAUAAUUUAUACAGGCUACAUGAAGGCAUGAAGACUUUACCUUCUGCUCAACCAAAACCUGUUGAAUCAAAAGUGGAUAUUUUACAAAUGCUAAAAAAUGCUACAACAGCUCCAAAGGUAGCACCAUCACCAAAUCAUCCAACUUUACAAAACGCUGGAAAUGAUUUAUUACGUGUAUUGACAGGAAAUAAUCAACCACAAUCAUCACCAACUAAUCAUAAUGGCAGUACCAGUCAGCCAAUAAUGAUGACACCCUAUAACAAUAAUAGUAAUAAUAGUAAUAAUAUGCAUUUAAUGCAGCAACAGCAGCAGCCCGAAAAUAUGCUUAGUAAUAAACUAAAAAACCUUUUCAUUGAUGAUAUGACUGGAUCAAAUACUGAAAAUAACAAUCACAUACCUCCUAACACACGACGAAUUAUCGCCAAUGGUGAAUUAACAAAACCUUUUUAUCCUCCUUUUAUGUCAUCACCUGUAGCUUCACCUAAUAAUCAGCGAAACCCUAAUACAUUAUUACAAGCACUUCACGGAGGUCUUCCUCCACCUCUACCUCCUUUACCUCAACCUCUUGUAGGCAUGCCCUUAUUACCUCAGCAAGCUAUUGGUUUAAUGGGCCCUGAAAUAAGCAGACGAUUUGCUAAUAGACCUUUAUUAUCAAAGCCGGAAUUUAUUCAGCAAUUAUUAAAUAUGAUUCAGUGUGAUCCAACUUUUUUUGACGUACUUUAUAAAAAUUAUGAAAGUCAAAUGGGUUCUUCUACUAAUCAUCCAACUCUUUAAGCGAUUCGUUUUGUGUGUGUGUGUGUGUGUGUUUGUUUGUUUUUAUUAACAAUGAAAGUGAAAUGAUUGUAUUAUCAUUUGUGGAAACAAUAUAUAAAUAAAUAAAUAAAUAAAAAGCAUUAUCA